AUGGCCGAUGCUGAUUUCCUGAUGAGAGACCCAACAUGUGGUAGUUUGCAGUCUCAAAGCCUAGAAGCUUUCUCUUCUCAAUCUUUAUGUGAUAGAUUAGCUCAUGUUCAAUCAACGUUGACUGUCAAAGUAAAUAUAAUGGUUGAGUGUAAUUUCAUCCUAUUUGAACAUAUUCCAUUAAUGGGUAAUUUCGAUCUUUUUUAUGGUGCUGUUGGAAAGGUGAGAGGGUAUUCUGGGUUCAGCGAGGUUCGAUCACGGGGCCGUGAGCUUGGAGUUUAUGGUCCCUUCAAAAUUAGGUCUAGGCAACGGUUCAAUUCCUCAUUGAGUGAUUUCACUGUUUGCAACAAAUAUUUAUAUGAUUCCCCAUAUAGUUAUCCUGCAUGUGUGCAUCUGUGUCCCUACACCUACUUGAUUUUACAUGUGUACACAAAAUGUGUGUCAAUUUGUGAGCAUGGCUGCAUGGUAGUUAUGGUUGGGAAGAUUGGUGUUACGGCAAAUUCGCAGUUGUAUAUAGCAGCACCCUUUGUGUUAAAAGGGACACUACAGGGUGUGAGGGGGGCACUUUCCCAGCCAGCGGGGAUUCGGUUUUGUAUUGCAUGCAACCGCUCUACUCGCUACGACGCUACCCUACAAAACACUUUUGAAGAAAAAACACGCGCCUUCGCCACAGUCACCACCACCACCACCACCACCAGUCCACAUCUCUCGCCGCCGCCGUCUCAUUCCCCUCGAUCCCAACAAAACCCCAAUUCCGCCGCCGCCGCAUCUCAUUCACCACCAUCUCCGCCCGCCGCAUACCGGACGGCCAUGGAAGCCCUCUCCGUAACUCCGCCGGAAUCCGCCUCUCCCGCCACAGCGGAGCACCUUACCGUCAUCGACGACGGCCCUUCCUCUCCUCCUGUGCCCGAAAACACUGGCACCGAAACUCAGAGCAUUUCCUCUGCUGCCGAUGAAGGCAAAGGCGGAGACGCGGCGGAUGCCGGAGAUCGGAGGAAGGUGCUGCCGGAGGAGCUUUGUCGAAACGCGGUGAAGCUUCCGUGCGAGUCGAUCGCGGAAGGUGGAAUUUGCGAGGUAUCCGCCUCUCCCGCCACGGCAGAGCACUUUAUCUGCAUCGACCGCCCUGCCUCUCCUCCGCUGCCCGAAAACACUAGCACCAAAAUUCGGAGCAUUUCUUAUGCUGCGAAUGAAGACAGAGGCGGCGACAUGGCAGCGGAUGCCGGAGGUCGGAGGAAGGUGCCGCCGGAGGAGCUUUUUCGAAACGUGGUGAAGCUUUCGUGUGAGUCGAAUGCCCAAGGGGGGAUUUGCGAGGUUUAUUUGAUUGGAACGGCUCACGUUUCUGAGGAAUCAUGCCAAGAAGUUAAAGCUGUAAUCGGCUUUGCAAAACCACAGGUUGUUUUCUUGGAACUAUGCCCCAGUCGUACGGCUGUACUUUGUCCUCAGAAUUUAAAGGUACCAACCAUGAGAGAUAUGGUGGAGAUAUGGAAGACACAGCACGAUAUAUUUGGAAUCCUAUACAGCUGGUUUCUGGCCAAGGUUGCCAGCAAGCUUGAGGUUUGCCCUGGUUCUGAGUUUCGGGUGGCAUGUGAAGAAGCGCUCAAGUAUGAUGACAAUGUGCAAGUGAAACUUGGUGAUCGCCCAGUACAAAUUACUUUACAAAGGACAUGGGCAAAGAUGCCACUUUGGCAUAAGACAAAAUUACUUUAUUCCGUGGUUUUCCAAGCAUUCUUUUUACCAAGCGCUGAAGAUCUCAAAAAAAUGCUGAAGGAAAUGGAUAAUGUUGAUAUGUUGACUCGUGUGAUUCAAGAUAUGAGCAAGCAAUUCCCCACUCUCAUGGAAACCCUUGUACAUGAGCGAGAUCAGUACGUGUCAGCAACUUUAUUUAAAGUUGCUGGUACGCACAGUUCAAUUGUUGCAGUUGUCGGAAAGGGGCACCUGGAGGGAAUAAAGAAUUACUGGAUGCAAUCUGUUGAGCUGGAGCACCUUGAGCAUGUAGAUAUGACUUCACGGAGGCUGGCUAUUUCAGCAGUGAAGCUCCUCACAACUGUAGGAGUGGCAGUUGCUGGUGUGGCCAUGAUUUCUGGCCUUCGCGGAGGCUGGCUAUUUUAGCAGCGAAGCUCCUCACUCUGUACUCCUUACUCAUUAUAUGUCCGCAGUAUGGAAGUAACAUGAAUAGCUUACCACAUAAAAUGAAAGUGUAUAUAUAUGUACACGCAGAUUGCACAAGGUUAUAGCUCCCGACAGGUCUAGCUACCUGGACUUCUGGUUAAAUGCUCCAAGUUAAGGUGAGGGAAACACAAAACGACCGGGUGUUGGUUCAAUAGUUACAACACUUGAUUUUCUCGC